CGACGCGCGGAGAGCUGUUGGCAACUCUGUCCGCAGCUGCUGGCAUGUUUCGUUUUCAGGUUUUCACUGAAUGUGGUGAACGGAGCUAACGGAGCGUAGGCAGAGUCGAGGUGCUUGAAUCGAGGAAAACGAUGAAAACGGGGACGGCGCACGUGUAACAGCUGUCAUGAAUGAACAUCAACAUCGAUAAGACUGUGGUGCGCGCAACAGCACUCACUUGGAAUAGUUUGCUAGGCGGCUUCGCUAGCAGCCGCUCCAUGGCUCCCGCGACUGUGAUUUCCGCGACCGAGAGCGGCGACGACAGUUUCUUGGCGGACGACAACAACUGGCUACUUCGACUGUUGGUGAAUUUGCUCGGCUACGCGACCAUCAUCGGCCCGGGAGCCCUGAUCAUAUGCUAUGUGCGGAGGACCAAGUUCUUGGAAAACCAGGGAGGUCCCUUUGCACGUGUACUGCGUCUGUUUGUGUUGGGACAUGAGCCGGACACCAAGCCAAGCCUCGAGCUGGGAGGGGUCACCGAACCAGCCCGACCGCCAAGUCGUACCUUGCUGUCCGAGGCAUUUGUGCUGGCCUACUGUUUCCUGGGUCUGCAGGUCUCUUACUUGACCUGGGGUGUGUUACAAGAGAAGAUCAUGACGCAGAAGUAUUACGAGGAAGUGCUGCCGUCGGAUGGACAGCGGUUUGGCGACUCCCAGUUCCUGGUGUUUGUUAACCGGGUGCUGGCCUUCACGUUGAGCGGACUGUACCUGCUGUUCACCCAGCAGCCGCGUCACCUGGCGCCCGUGUACAAGUACUCCUACUGCUCCUUCUCAAACAUCAUGAGCAGCUGGUGCCAGUACGAGGCACUCAAGUUCGUCGCCUUCCCCACCCAGGUGCUGGCCAAGGCGUCCAAAGUGAUACCGGUCAUGCUCAUGGGACGUCUGGUGUCUCGCAAGAGCUACGACUGGCACGAAUACCUGCUUGCCCUUGGCAUCUCAGUCGGCAUGGGCCUGUUUCUUCUCUCCCGAUCGACUGGAGGCUCCUCCUCGUCUCCGACGAGCAGCAGCCUUUCCGGACUGAUCAUCCUUGCCAGUUAUCUUGUGCUCGACAGCUUCACAUCUAACUGGCAGUCCGAGCUGUUCCGCACGUACCGGAUGAGCUCGGCCCAGAUGAUGUGUGGCGUCAACUUCUUCUCGUGCCUGCUGACGUUCGUAUCGCUGCUCCAACAGGGGGCGCUCGCGGCGUCGCUGCGCUUCAUGUUCCGCUUCCACGCCUUCUUCUACGACUGCCUGCUGCUCUCCAUCUGCUCCGCCACGGGCCAGCUUUUUGUCUUCCACACCAUCGCACAGUUCGGACCCGUCGUUUUCGUGGUGGCCAUGACGGUGCGACAAGCAGUGGCGGUGUUGCUUUCGUGCCUCAUCUACGGACACCGCCUGGGUGCGCUUGGCAUUGUUGGUGUUCUCAUCGUCUUCGGUGCCGUUUUCGCCAAGAUCUAUCUGCGUCAGCGUGCCGCUUGAUCUUUCAGCGCUUAAAAUUUCUGAUUUGCGAAACUCCCUCCUCCCCCAUCCCGAGUGAUCCUCAAUUCUCCUCCACUGCUUGGUUGUGCUCACUGCUACUGAAAGGCCCAAAGCGACCAUGUUUGCUGGCCAGAACAUCAACUUGAUCUGUUCUCCUCGGCGCAGAUGCCCAAACUGACCUCCAGUCUGAUAACCAACGAUCUAUCUGCGUCAGCGCCAUGCCUGAUUUCUUAAUGCUUCAGUAUUAUUGAUUAGCGAAACUCCCGCCAUCUUGAGUGUUUCUCAAUUCUCCUCUACUGCUGAGUUAUGCUCAUUGCUAAGGCUUGAACCUACGGUAUUUGCUGGCCGGAACUUUCGUGCUCAAGACGCCUGGCCAUGGCAAAACACCCACGACACACGGAGGGCUCAGAUUCUCAAACUAAUCUCCAGCUCUGAUAACCAACAUCUGCUCCAUCUUGUGCAAUGCAUGCACCUGAGUUCUACGGAGAGUUCUAACUCGACUUGCAAGGUUGAAAAACGGCUGCAGGUGUGAUGCAAAGCCACUGUGCCGCUGCCGUGACUGUGCCAUUCUCCUCCGCGUACGGUACGUGCCAGCCGUUUGUGGAGCUUCCCUGCACCGUCACUUUGUGUGGGACUGCUGUGGACACGGGUGCACCCCUCCAUUCGACCUGGUGCAGGUGUCGCCAGGACGUGAACAACUCCUGGAGCCUCGGAUCGCUGAGGCGGAACCGGUGCUGUCGCAUAAGGUCGCGUGACACGACGAUCGUGCCUGGUCCCCCGUGAAGUGCUGCAUACAGCACAAACGGGUCAUCGUGCGACCUGCGACAUUGAACAAAAAUAAACGUUCAGUAUUGAUUGACAAAAGUA